CAAAACGUUUCUACGAUUCUACUCGGGGCGCUUUGUCGUAGAACUUCUCGCCUGUUUCGAUAUUUUUUUUUGUUUAUAAAUUAUUUUAACUCUAUUAAAAACCACAAUGGCUUUUAUUCUGCGUCUCGGUUCUUCUAUUAUACGAUUGAGUAAAAACGGUUGUACGUCAAAGCGACGUUUCCUGUCGUUAAGCUCUCUUCGAUCAGGUACUAUUGUCCCGUUUAAGUUAUCGGACAUCGGAGAAGGCAUUCGAGAUGUCACUGUGAAGGAAUGGUUUGUAAGACCGGGUGAUAGAGUAUCUCAAUUUGAUAAUAUUUGUGAGGUACAGAGUGACAAAGCUUCGGUGACGAUAACAAGUCGUUACGACGGUCUAGUAAAAGAACUUCAUUAUAAGAUAGAUGAGAUAGCUCUGGUUGGAGAACCCUUGAUAGAUAUUGAGCUCGAUGAGGAAAACAUUGUUGAAAAUGAGGAAGAAAGAAAAAUAGAAGAAAAUAAAGAAAAAGAAGAAGAUGUAGUAAAAGAUGACAAGGAGUUCAAAGAAAGGAAUGAUAAAACGAGCUUAGAAUCUUCCAAGGACGUACGUUCUGAAAAAAUUCAGAUCAUUACAACGCCAGCUGUCAGAAGACUGGCUUUGGAAAACAAUAUUAAUCUUUGUGAUAUCACAGCCACUGGUAAAGAUGGACGUGUCCUUAAAGAAGACGUAUUGGUUUAUCUAGAAAAACUUGAUCCUAGAAAACAAAUUCAGGAGGUUAUUCAUCAAACUGAAAAAAAGAUGCCGAUUAAAAAAUAUUCUAAACACAUGUGGAAAACCAUGACACAAUCUUUGAGUAUACCACAUUUCGUUUACAGCGACGAAUACAACGUAACCGAAUUGAUGCGUUGUCGUAAUGAAGUGAAAGAUUCGUUCAAAGAACAAGGUAUCUCUCUAUCUCUAAUGCCAUUUCUAAUAAAAGCUGCCUCGAAAGCAUUGCAAACGAUUCCCGAAUUAAACGGUUUACUCGACGAGGAAAAACAAUGCGUAGAAAUUUCCGAAAGGCAUAAUAUUGGUGUUGCCAUGGAUACUCCGGAAGGUUUAAUUGUUCCAAAUAUAAAGGACGUUCAGAAUCUCAAUAUUUUGUCUAUUGCUAAACAAUUAAACAGACUUCAGGAACUCGGUAAAAAAUCAUCGAUUCCUUUGGCCGAUCUCACCGGCACAACUUUUUCCUUGUCCAACAUUGGCGUGAUCGGAGGUAAUUACACAAAACCGGUUAUUCUACCCCCACAAAUAGUGAUAGGAGCGUUUGGUAAAGUACAAAAGUUGCCACGUUUCGAUGAUAAGGAUAACGUGAUAGCGGCAAACAUAAUUGCUGUUAGUUGGGCUGCUGAUCAUCGGGUGAUCGACGGUGUUACUAUGGCUAAAUAUUCAAACUUGUUGAAAUAUUACGUGGAACAUCCCAUCGAAUUGAUCUUAGGAUCAUGAAAUAUAGAUUUUCUUUUUUUAUUUUACUGCGAUAAAACAAAUUGAUAAGACUACGUUUUCAUCACUUUACUUAAAAUGAUCGAGAGAAUCUCUAACAAUAAGUUUUAUUAAAUGUAAAUUUGAUGAUCUUGCUAAAAUUUUAUAUAUAGAUUAUCGU